AUGUCUAAAGGUCUACGUUACCUCCCUCGCGAUAUUGAGCCUAGUAGUCAACACGGUGCUAGCCAAGACGGGACCAGACAAGCUCCACAACAAUCCUCGACUUCACGCCUGAUACGUCAAACAUCUGUUACCAACACCAGCGCCGAGAGUUUUGCACUGCGCCACUACUCUUUUGACGGACCUGGCGACGCUCCAGCAGGCCACCGAUCACCCUCAGCAGCUCGUCGGAGGAGAGCCAACCGCACCAAAGAUGACACGUCUUCUGACCAGCCUACUCGACGGUGCAGCUCUGAGAACGAAUCAUCUGAACAUGAUUCUUCUCCACCCCAGAUACCUCGAACGCAAUCAGCAAGGCCACUGCGGCAAACAAACCCAAAAUGGCAACUCUCAGAUGCCAUUCUAAUACCAGCGAGACGACCUUCUGAUCAGCCUCUGCCGUUCCCCUCUGAAAGACCUUGGAAUGAAUAUUUCUCAGAUGAUACUGUCGCCAAUUACCGAGCCAUUGGAGCUCAAUAUCAAGCAUGGAUAGCCGGUCUAACCACGACAGAAUGUCCAAUUCAACGAUCAAAAAUCACCUGGGCAGACUUGGUUGAUCACCCGAUCGAAGAGCACAGCUUCGACGUGUGCCUCAACGAGCUUAGAUCUACACCCGAGGAAGUGGGAAACAUUGAAUCAACCGGGCUCUCGAUGGGUAAUAAUUGGCGUUAUGUCCUUUUGAGAAGAUAUCAAUACUGGGAUCAUGGUCGCCAACAGGGCGAGACAGUUUACCAGCACCGUACCGGACUUGGGGCUAUUUUCGUUGAGAACAUUGCAAGACGAUUUGGGCCAUACUGGGCUCAAGUGGCUCAAGCGCAAUACCAGCUCGAUAACCACGUUGAUACGCUCCGGUAUGUUUAUUUUCUCAACGUUCAGAACCUGUACACCUGGCCCUACGUGGAGCUUCAUCUAUACCCUCGUCAUGGUUUGGACUGGUUUGACAAUCCUGAGCCUCAGUGCUGGAAAUAUGGUACUAGAGAGUACCAGGAGCUUCUGGGCACAAAGCUAGGAAGGGGGUGGCUCGUCUGGUUCUGGGGGCUUGGCCGAGAGGCACACAUCGUAUCGAUGCAAUUUACACAUGGACUUUUUUCAGAAAUCUACAGAUGA